AUGCGGCUGAGUCGCAUCUCAGGCGAUGAGGCCACUGAUCUCUGGAAAUCACUUUCUUGCCACGAGACGCAAGGCUACCAGCAUCCGACGGCCGACGGGGUUCUGCCAGACCAGGAGACCGCUAACCCACAGUAUAAAAGGACGUAUCAUUAUGGGUUGAUUAUCAUUCGGACUCGCAGAAGCCCGGGUUGGAGUUCUGUGACCGACGAGCUAGAUCAUCAUGAGAGUUUUGGUGAGGGCAGCGGCGUGCUCGCCGUCGGCGUCAGUGCACAGGUUGGGCCUUCGGGGAUCGUCAGUCCCGACGGGGUGAACACCCAGUUCUCCCACGACUUCGCCAACGACGUCGUGCUGGUUGGACCCGCUGGCAUCGUCACAAAGUCUGGCGCCAACCGCCAGCUGACCCACGGAGAGGCCACCCUUCACGUUGCCACAGCACCUGCUCCCCUCCCCGUGGCUCAGCUGGUGUCCCAGCGUGGCGUGGUUGGCCACUCUGGCAUCGUUCGCCCUGAUGGCAACAACGUCCAGUUCACACACGAGCAGGCUAACAACAUCGUGCUGGUUGGCCCAUCUGGCAUCGUCACCAAGGACGGCUCCAACAUCCAGCUGACCGACGACCUCCACUUCGUCCAGAAGCGUGACACCUAUGGCCAUCUGGUGGGAGCCUCAGGAAUCGUCACCAGUGACGGCCAGCUGAUCCAGUUCGAACCUGGCGUGACUGUCGCCGCCGCUGGUACCUAUGACGGUCAGGUGAUCCAGCUGGAACCUGGUGUCACGAUUGUCCAGGUUGCUCCUUCUGGUAUCAUUCUGUCCAACGGAAAGAACAUCCAGCUGACCGGCAAGCUCCACUCCGUGCAUAAGCGUGACACCUAUGGCCAUCUGGUGGGAGCCUCAGGAAUCGUCACCAGCGACGGCCAGCUGAUCCAGUUCGAACCUGGCGUGACUGUCGCCGCCGCUGGACCCUCUGGCGUCGUUCUGUCCAACGGGAAGAACCUCCACUUCGUCCAGAAGCGUGACACCUAUGGCCAUCUGGUGGGAGCCUCAGGAAUCGUCACCAGUGACGGCCAGCUGAUCCAGUUCGAACCUGGCGUGACUGUUGCCGCCGCUGGACCCUCUGGCGUCGUUCUGUCCAAUGGAAAGAACAUCCAGCUGUCCGGCAGACGUAAGCGCGAUCUCUCCGGCCAUCUUGUGGGAGACUCAGGAAUCAUCACCAAUGACGGUCAGCUGAUCCAGCUGGAACCUGGUGUCACGAUUGUCCAGGUUGCUCCUUCUGGUAUCAUUCUGUCCAACGGAAAGAACAUCCAGCUGACCGGCAAGCUCCACUCCGUGCAUAAGCGUGACACCUAUGGCCAUCUGGUGGGAGCCUCAGGAAUCGUCACCAGCGACGGCCAGCUGAUCCAGUUCGAACCUGGCGUGACUGUCGCCGCCGCUGGACCCUCUGGCGUCGUUCUGUCCAACGGAAAGAACAUCCAGCUCACCAGAUAAAUUGAAAUUCCUUGUACAUACUCGAUAACUCUCAAAUAAACAUUAUUACAGUGUUAGAAAAGCAA